AUGAAUUUACCCAGAGAAUCAAAUGUUCAGAAAACAUUGAAUCCUUCAGAUAAACAAAAUAAUGACAUUUAUACAAAUAUUAAAGAUUGUUUAAUUGACUUUAAUGACUUUUCUGUAGUUUCAAGUAAUUCUAUAAAUAUAUUAGAAGAAUCAGAAUGUACAAAAACCAAAAAUACAAUAAAUUCCGCUUUUGAACAUGAUGAAUCUUCAACAUGUGAAUCAUCCAAUAAUUCUGUAAAUGAUACUCUGGUUAGCGUCGGUUUCAAUCGUAAUAAAAACGGAUUAGAUCAACAUGAAUCCGAUGAUGAUGAUGAUGAUGACAGUCAGGAUUCAUCAAAUGUAACAAAACAUCAACAACAUAGUCACAAUUCAUCAAAACGCCGUAAAAGGCGUGUACUAUUUACUAAACCGCAAACAUUCGAACUAGAACGUCGUUUUCGUCAACAACGAUAUCUGUCAGCACCCGAACGUGAACAUUUAGCAAGUGUGAUCAAUUUAACGCCAACGCAAGUAAAAAUUUGGUUUCAAAAUCACCGGUAUAAGAUGAAACGUGCAAGACCAGAUAAAAGCUUACUUGAACUAUCAACAAUGCCUUCUCCAAGACGUGUGGCUGUGCCUGUUCUAAUACGUAACGGAAAACCAUGUCGUCAGUCAUCGAACAAUGCCAGUCCUUCAUCUAUUGACUCAUUGUCGCUAUUAAACACAUCAUUAGCAACAAAAAUGUCAAAAUCACAAACAGAUUUAAUCGUACCAAUCAUUGUUGAUGAAAGAUCGGCUCCUUUAACAGGGACAACAAUAGCUACACCACAUGAACUAUCAGUACAGAAUGCUCUUAAUUCUUCGUCUACACUAUCGCUCAUGCAUUGGUAUGGUUUAGAAGGAAAAUCAAAUCAAACAGAACUAUUUCAACAAUUUAUAUUAUCAUCUUAUUUGGGAACAUCGACAAACAUGUCAAAAGCAAAUCUUUUUCGAAAUCAUUACGUUUAG